AUGCGUUUCGCCGCUGCUACCAUCGCUCUCCUGCUAGCUGUUGCCUCAGCCACUUUUGUUCCUAACGUAAACGAGGCAAACCUCGACAGGGAGCCUGAAAGCAGGACCAUCGUUAACCUCGGCUUCCUCCAGGCUCAUAAGACUCGCAAUAUCAACAUCGCUAACGUUGUCAUAGCCAGAGCUUCUGAUAAUGUUGAAAACUCGCUCGAGCGUCGUACCCCUAACUUCAUCUUCGCCGGAUUCGAGGAUGUCUCUACCGGGGUAGAGCGCUCCCCCUAG